CGGUCCCGGAAGCAGAAAGCCGAUAUGCACUCAAUGCCUCCAAUCUCAUCGGCAGUGUGACUGGCCUGAGCAGCUCAAACGGUUUGUUUCGGUCCUUGAGUAGAUGUACAAGUCUCACCAAGCCAGAGGACCCGCAAAGGGCUAUAUUGAAGCGCUCGAACAUCGCCUGCAUGAGACGGAACAGACACUGUUGAGAUUGCUGGCUCAUAUGAACGACGAGCAGUUAUCGACUGCUCUUGAACGGGGCCAGUCACCCUUUCUGCGUUCCGGGAAGAACGAUGCACAAUAUUGGAGACGAUACCCAUUGCGCACGGCUCGUGAUCUUCGAAAGUGGCAGCAAGAUUGUUCGGCAGAAACAAGAGUGGCUGGCCUUGCUGUGACCUCGCCGUCGAGACGCACCGAUGCUCCUGCGCGAUCGGAAGUCGACGCUGACGAAAAUGGUCCAGCGUCGGAGAGACAGCAAACAGAGCUACAACCCGUACCUCCUUAUGAGCAAGCUACAAGCGCAUGCGAACUGGGACUGGAAUCCACUCAAGCGGUCCACGGUAAGGACAUGAACCAGCGUGUCGCAUGGGGGAACGGCUACGAUUCAUCCAAUGAGUCGAGAAAGCCUUCAACAGCAAUGGGAUACAUGUAUAUACCGUCGUCGUUGGAGUCUACCCGCGUAGAAGAUACGCAGUCCUUGCACGCCGGUACUCCCCCCGGACCAAGCCUUUGGAGUGAAGCGCCCUCGAUAGCUUUCCAGCGACAAUUCCUCUGGUAGAUUUCAGUUGAGAACGUGUUACGUGUGCCAUCAGAGAUGCUACAGGAGUGCCGAGUGACACACACUCUACACUAGGGUAAUCCUACGUCAAGUCCACCU